CCGGAUUCUUCCCUUUCCUGCAGACACUCAUGUGUAGCACCGACAGUUCAUGCACUGGCAAAUCCUACCUAACAGAAGGACAGUCCAAAUCACGCUCGUACGCAGGUCAUCGUCACCGCAGGGAUGUUGAAUCUCACAGUUUGUGCGUGUCAUGCUGAUCGGAUGUGGACAUUAAUAGUGAUAUUUUUGACCCAGCACCUUAAUGCCAUAGAUGCCUUAGAUGUCUGAUAUAGAUAUAGCUCAGCUCACCUGUAUUUCAAUGCGUCACUGAUGAGAUGACAAUGGGUCUCAUGGCAAAAUACUGCACCUCCUGUGACAUUGCUGUCCCCUUUGCCUCAGUAUUCAGUAUUCAUAAAGCUAAGAAUACCCUUGUUUGGUCAGUUGAUUAGCAAAAGUGUUUGGUUGUUUAAUGGAGGAAUGUUUACUAAACCCAUUGUUCCACGUCAGUUCUUUUACUGUAGUGUGUAUAAUGUACAGGUUGAGUCAACAGUCAAAAUCUUUGUAGGCAGUUGAGUCAUUGUUAUAAAAGAAUGUUUAGUGAACUGAAAAUGUUUUUUUUUUGUGUGCUUUUAACACAAAAGACACUGUUAAGAAAAGUCAUGUGCCUCUUUAGAUUUUUAAGCCAAAUGGUUUUCAAGUCCAUUUUACCUAUAAUCAUAAAAAAUUAUAUAUAUCUAAUGUCUAAAGAAUUGUAGUAGAAAUCACACAUUUUUUGUUAAAAUUCAAUCAGCUCAGUCAAGAUUAUUUGCUUUACUGUAAAUUUAAUUCUGUCAUCAUCUACAUAUUUUCAUAUUGCUUGAAACUUGUAUUACUUUUUUUCUGUGAAACACAAAAAGAGUAAAAGUCAAUACAUUUAGGUUAACAUUUGGUCUUCUUGCCUCCUGAUCAAAAACUUUAAUAUUCUACUAACAUGUCAGUGAACUGAAUUAAAGUAUUAAUUAAGUUAAAGAAUGAAAAAGAAAAAAAAACUGCUCAACAAAGUAAAAAAAGAAUAGUCUUCAAUUUUGUUAGUUUAGCUAGUUCCGUUGAAGAAAUGUAGAAAAGGCUUUAAGACAUUACUUUGCUUUAACAUGAACCACAGAAGAUUUCAUGAGUGAAUUAAAAAAAAAUCCAUCUAGAUUGAGGUAGGGCAGAAACUCCCAUGGUGGCAUUCCUCUUGUUUUUUUUUUUACUUCUUUUAUUAAUUACAUUUCUUUGUGUACUCUCAACAAACCCACUAUCACAUGACUUAUUUGUGUAAUCCUUCACCUAGUGCUUAUCUUUAAGUAAUGCUCUAUCUUUCACUGUGACGUGCUCUUUUAAAAAUCUGUCUAUCCGGUUUCUUUUAUGUGUAGGCUUGGGCAAAAAUGUCCGCAUUUACAUAACCAUAUGUCUUUGUUGUGUACAUAUCCAUAUGUUAUAUAACCAUUUACGAUAGUAUAAUAUGACCAUUUGCUAAACUUUUAGUAACAAGACUAUAGGUUGUCCUUUUAAAAAAAUAAUUAUAGUUCUUGUUUAUAUCGAUUGUCCUCUAUUUAUUUCAGUCUAUCAGCACUGCUCCAUGGUUUACCUCCACUGGCCCAUCUACAGACGGGAGGACUGGUUCACUCAAUCCUGAAAAGGGAUACAUCAGAUCAUCCAGAGCUCCUAGAGAUAUGGGACAGAAUGCUCAGUAUGUGCAUUAUCUUCAGUUAAAAAAAAGUUAAAAAGUAAAAAAAAGAAAAAAAAAAAAGAAGAAAAAAAAGGUAAUUAAUAAGUUUCUAUGUGUUUUUUAACUAUGUUGUUUACAUUUUUUUUUAAAGAUUCCAGCCUUCAAAACAUUCCAAAUGUGACUUCAGUCAUGCAAGCUUUUAACAACACUGUGCUGGCUGAUCAGACAAUGGAGUCUGUUUGGGAGUCAGUGAACAUCCUGAAAAAAUCCUUAUGCAGCUUCUCCAUGACUGCCAUCAACACAUCAGCUGGUACCCAGGAUUUCUUCACACAAGGCUUGAUAAACUUCUGCAGCUCUAAUGACACAGUACUAGAAGCGUCCUUACUAACCCUGAACCAGGUACUGACAGAAAUGCUGCUCAGUAACCCGGCAGAAGUGUUUGAAUUGAUUGGAGGGACUGUGGUGGUUCUAGAUAGUCUUCAACAGGAGCCGUCAGUGUGGGACUUCAUGCUUGGCCUGCCUGAUCCUUUCCUGAAGCUCACAGCUGAAGAGAAACUAAAAUCUGGGGCAGGGGAAUUGGAGAAUCUUAAGAAUGCCUUGACAUUCCUCCAGAAGACUUUCCCACAGGCCAACAUCUCUACUGCGGUCACAGACCCAGUCAUCAAUAAAGGCAUUGGCUUUCUCAACUACAUGGGUGCUUGGCAAGGGAGAGAUGCGUAUUUCAAACUGAGUGAUGUUAUGAGCCCAAGCAGCAUUGAUGUAUUCAGCUCAGACGUAAAGGACCUUAUCAACCAAAUCCAGAUUCCUCUUGACAAGAUUUCAGUGCUGUUCAACGAGGAAGACUUUCGCACCUUUUUGUGUGACCAUAACAUCACAGCCUCCUAUUGUUGGAGUUGGGAAGUGGGCCAGAUAUUUCAAGAGAUAAAUACAUGGAAGGCUGUUGAACAGGUGCUUUUGUCCUGGAGUCAGACCUCUGCCUCAGCAGACCUAGUGUUCACUAAGGAGGUUUUCAGCAGCUUGCUGGGCCUAGUCUCUCCAUCGAGCAUGGAUGCUGUUCUCAAAAACAGCAGGUCGCGUCGCAGCAGUGACGCCCAACCACAGAAUCUGGGGGAACAAUUAAUCUUCGGAUUAAGCAAUACAGCAUUUGAUUUUCUACAAGGGAUGCCAGGCUGGGAAUACAUUCAGACUUUCAUGAUGGGUGGCCAUUCAUCCAUGCAGGUGGCAAGGGUUGCAAUGGAAUCACAGCUGUCAUUCAUUAACGUGGUUCUGAGGGAUGCCAAGUAUGUACAGGAGGUCCUCCUUUCUCUAAUGCAGAAUGAGACAUUUUCUAAUGCCUGGGCUGACCAUGGCAUGGACUCUAUUGUUCAAACAGUGGCUAAGGUUCUAGAAGGUCACACUAGCUGCAGAGAACUUUCUGCUCCCUGGGAUUGGAUGUCAACAUACAGCUCUAUAAACCCUCAGUUGUGGGGCACUCUAGUUUGCUCUGGGAAUGACACAAGUCUUGAGCAAAUGCUGUUAACACCAUUUUUGCCUGUAAUCGAGAAGGUCCAACAGUUGGUUGGUGUCGUGAAUGGAACUGUAAUGUACAAUGUCACACCCUCCAUUCUUAUGGCAGAGUGGCACAGUCUAUACACAACCUCCCUGCGGUAUGGCUCUGCCCUCCAGAACUUGCAAACUGAGCUUAAUGAGGAAUAUUUUGCAGCUUUGAUCCCAGGGAACAUUUCAGUUGGUUUGCCUCAGAUUCUGUUGACCAGAGGUAUUGAAACAUUUGAGACCAUGGGUUCCCUGCUAGAGCAGAACUCUCUGUGGCCCUCCAUGGAACCAUAUUUCCAUAUGGCUUAUUGGAUUUUGACCUACCAACCAAAUGCCACUGUAUCACCAAACUGCACUCUUACUUCAUUGGCUUUCACCUGUCAGACCAGCUUUACCUGGGAAACAGCUGUUCCACUGAUUCAUUCUUUGAUCUCUGAAGUGAUCUCUGAACCUGACAGCCUGCUAAAACCUAUACAGGGAACAGUGGCUCUCCUCCAAAACAGUUACAUGGCACUUUUGCAGCAAGUCCUUGUCAAUAGCAUACCUAGUCAACUGCUUGGCAGUGACAUUUCACUACAAGACUUGUUGCUGAACCUCAUUAAGACAGUUGAAAAAGAAAUUCAGCUCCUCUCCAACAUUGAGUCCACACAGCAGUUUGACACUCAACUCUCACUCAAUUUGUUAAAUGACAUCAUGGAGGCUCUUGGACUGGGGCAGUUAGAGAACCUGUUGUCAGGAGGAUCCCAGACAACCAUAGUGCACCCAGUGAUCAUGGACAUUCUUCAGGUCUUGAACAACAGGUCCAUCCAGAUGUUAAACAGUGAGGAGGGUUUUGCAAUUCUUCAGACAAUUUUGAGCCAACUUGGAGCCAUUUUGCCUCCAGAGCAGCAGUAUCAGUUAGAAGCAGGCCUAAAUAAGACUCAUGCCCUCAUUCGAGAUCUGGAGAUCUGUUCAGCUCUUGGCCAGGACUGUGUAGCUGAUGUCCAGAAUGUAUUUGAAUUUCUUGGUGCAAUGCUUGCAUUUGAAAAUAACAUCACCGUCCUAAUAACACCUCUUCAGGGUAACAUGACUCUCCCUGUUGUAGUUGAUGUGCUCACUCUGUUCCUGCCAUGGAACAUGUCCUGGCCAUCAGAAGACUCCAUGGAAAUUGUGAGGAAGGUUCAACAUCUUCUCGAGCAGGCUUAUGCAUCUCAUGUUUUCAACAUCAGUCAAGGACUACAAGCCUCCAAUCUCACAAUUUUUGAAUUAGCACACAUCAAUUCUACAAUUCUUUAUAGAUGGUCACCGUCAAUACUGCAGACUCUGAAUAUGGCCGUUAAAAUCCCACAAUGCUUGAACACUCAAACCACAGAAUCUCUCCAAUGGCAUUCUGCCAGUGGAGAAGCCAAAUGUGUCCUUCAGAUCAUUCAGAGUGCUUCUGCUUUACUUGAAGUAAUACCAGUGGCAGAGAACACUCAGAUGAGUCUUAAAGAUUGGCUUAACAUCACUGUGGUAGAGUAUCAGAAACUAAGCAACAUGUCUAGUUCCGGAUCUGACCCACUUGCAUUGACAGAAGAGGUGCUGAUAACAACACUGUCAGCAAUCAGACAGAACCUUCAGGGUCUCGGUGUAGAGAACAUAUCUAAUAUUACAAGUGAGCUAAACAUUCUGGAAGACCUCUUAAAAAAGGUAAUCAGAGAACCGUAUCCAUACCACACCAUUAACUCAACAUUGAUGGCACAGGGGCAUUAUGCACAGAAGGUGUAUGGAGAUAUCAUACUGUGGUAUCUAAACAAGCUUGGAAAUGCCACCAGUGGCAGUAUGUUUGCGGAGAUUCUCAAUCAACUGAUACACAUGGCAGAAAUGCAGGUGGCACUUAUCAAUUCAGAGGCAGAUAUGGCAACACUGGUGAUGAAUCAGAUCAAGAACUUCACCCAUGUGCAGCUUCCUCUGGAAGGCAAAGAUCUUGUACAAGUUGCCAAUUCAGUUAUGACUAUGCUGCAAGAUGAGCUGGAACUGAUUAAAAGAAACCUUGAGCUUCAACAGGCAUUCUUCCCAAUGAACGUUAGUAUUCCUGCUGAAAUUGAAGCUCAGAUCAUGACCUACCUUAGCUUGACAAAGGAGUGGAUCACUAACCCACAAGUGACAAUGGCACUUGAUGCAAUUUUCCAGUGGGAAAUUAGCUCUGUAGAUAUCACAACACCUGGGGUGGAUCUUGAGAAGCUCCUCCAAGCCAUUACUCCCCUAGUCCCUCCUAAAGAGAGAGAGUAUCUCGCUGUUGUUGACCAGGUCUCUCAGGCAGUAAAUUAUGCUCUGCAGGUGGCUAGCACUGAAGGUGGUCUCCAAAAUGAAAACUUCACCGAAGCCAUCAUCAGUGCUGUCAGAGUGGUUCUGGAGAGUAUGUAUAAUGAGACUGGAGCUCUGCCUCGGGAGGUGGUUGAAAAUAUUCUUAGUGCUUUUAACGGUUCCCUUCAGCUGAUCCUGAACACCAAUAUGAGCUAUGCUCAAGCUAACAACCUCACACAGGAGACUCUCCAGAUGGUAGAAGGAGUGAUUCAUGCACUUUUGCCGGCAGAGGCAGCUGAGGUGUUGGUUCCCGUCACAAACAGCAUUCUCACCUAUUUGCAGACUAUCUCCCAACCUAGUGGACCUGACAAAUGGAAUGAAGUCAUUAUCAAUGUGAUGAAAGAAUUUCAGAAUUUCUUGCCAUCAAACAACACAGCCCAGCCUAUUGUAUCCAUGUUGAUGAAGGUCUCAGAAUUCAUUCUGAGCUCAAAUGAAGGCAAUUUGACAAAGGACUGGAUCAUUAACCAACAACUGACAAUGGCACUUGCCAGAAUCUUCCAGGGAAAUGUUAGUUCUGCAGAUCUCACAACAACUGGGGUCGAUCUUGAUCAGCUUUUGCAAGCCAUGGCCCCAUUACUCUCCCCGGAGGAAAGAGCCUUCCUUUCUGUCGCCGAGCAGGUGUCUCAGACAAUAACCUACGCUCUGCAGGUGGCCAGCACUGGUGGUGGUCUCCAAAGUGAAAACUUUACAGAAGCCAUCAAUAGCGUUGUCAGAGUGGUUCUGGAGAGUAUUUCUAAUGAGACUGGUGCUCUACCUCAGGAUGUGGUUGACAGAAUUUCUGGUGCUCUUAAUGGUUUACUUCAUCUGAUCCUAAACCCCAAUAUGAGUUACACUCAACUUGGCAGCCUCACACAGGAGACUAUCCAGAUGGUAGAGGGGGCAAUUCAUGCCCUUUUACCAGCAGAGGCAGCGGAGGUGUUGGUUCCCAUUAAAAACAUCACUUUAACCUAUCUGAAUAACAUCUCCCAACCUGCUGGAUUUGAUCAAUGGAAUGAACUCAUUACAAAUGUGAUGACAGAACUCCAGAAUUCCCUGCCAUCUAACAACACAGCUCAGCCCAUCAUAUCAAUGAUAAUAAAAGUCACAGAAAUCCUUCUGAGCUCAAAUGAAGGCAACCUGACAAAGGACUGGAUCAUUAACCAACAACUGACAAUGGCAUUUGCCAGAAUCUCCCAGGGGAAUGUUAGUUCUGUAAAUCUCGCAACAACUGGGGUGGAUCUUGACCAGCUUUUGCAAGCCAUUGCCCCCCUACUCUCCCCUGAGAACAGAGCCUUCCUUUCUGUCGCCGAGCAGGUGUCUCAGACAAUUACCUACGCUCUGCAGGUGGCCAGCACUGAAGGUGGUCUCAAAAGUGAAAACUUUACAGAAGCCAUCAUCAGUGCUGUCAGAGUGUUUCUGGAGAGUAUGUCUAAUGAGACUGGAGCUCUACCUCAGGAUGUGGUUGACAAUAUCCUUGGUGCUUUUAAUGGUUCACUUCAGCUGAUCCUGAACCCCAAUAUGAGUUAUGCUCAACUUGGCAACCUCACACAGGAGACUAUCCAGAUGGUAGAAGGAGCGAUUCAUGCCCUUUUACCAGCAGAGGCAGCUGAGGUGUUGGGUCCCAUCAAAAACAGCAUUUUAACCUAUCUGAAUAACAUCUCCCAACCUGCUGGAUUUGAUCAGUGGAAUGAACUCAUCAUAAAUGUGAUGACAGAACUUCAGAAUUCCCUGCCAUCUAACAACACAGCUCAGCCCAUCAUAUCAAUGAUAAUCAAUGCCACAGAAAUCUUUCUGAGCUCAAAUGAAGGCAACUUGACAAAGGACUGGAUCAUUAACCAACAACUGACAAUGGCACUUGCCACAAUCUUCCAGGGGAAUGUUAGUUCUGUAGAUCUCGCAACAACUGAGGUGGAUCUUAACCAGCUUUUGCAAGCCAUUGCCCCCCUACUCUCCCCGGAGGAAAGAGCCUUCCUUUCUGUCGCCGAGCAGGUGUCUCAGACAAUAACCUACGCUCUGCAGGUGGCCAGCACUGAUGGUGGUCUCCAAAGUGAAAACUUCACAGAAGCCGUCAUCAGUGCUGUGAGAGUGGUUCUGGAGAGUAUGUCUAAUGAGACUGGAGCUCUACCUCAGGAUGUGGUUGACAAUAUCCUUGGUGCUUUUAACGGUUCCCUACAGCUGAUCCUGAACCCCAAUAUGAGUUAUGCUCAACUUGACAGCCUCACACAGGAGACUAUCCAAAUAGUAGCCGAAGCAAUUCAUGCCCUUUUACCAGCGGAGGCAACUGAGGUGUUGGUUCCCAUUAAAAACAUAAUUUUAACCUAUCUGAAUAACAUCUCCCAACCUGCUGGAUUUGAUCAAUGGAAUGAACUCAUUAUAAACAUGAUAACAGAACUCCAGAAUUCCCUGCCAUCUAACAACACAGCUCAGCCCAUCAUAUCAAUGAUAAUAAAAGUCACAGAAAUACUUCUGAGCCCAAAUGAAGGCAACCUGACAAAGGACUGGAUCAUUAACCAACAACUGACAAUGGCACUUGCUGCAAUCUUCCAGGGGAAUGUUAGUUCUGUAGAUCUUGGAACAGCCGGUGUAGAUCUUAACCAACUUUUGCUAGCCAUGUCCCCCUUACUCUCCCCGGAGGAAAAAGUCAUAAUUUCUGUCACUGAACAGGUGUCUCAGAGAGUAAACUAUGCUCUACAGGUGGCUAGCACUGAAGGUGGUCUCCAAAGUGAAAACUUCACAGAAGCCGUCAUCAGUGCUGUGAAAGUGUUUCUGGAGAGUAUGUCUAAUGAGACUGGAGCUCUACCUCAGGAUGUGGUUGACAAUAUUCUUGGUGCUCUUAAUGGUUCACUUCAGAUGAUCCUGAACCCCAAUAUUAACUACAAUCAAGCUAGCAACCUUACACAGGAAACUAUCCAGAUGCUAGAGGGAGCUAUUCAUGCCCUUUUGCCAGAAGAGGCAGCUAAAGUGUUGGUUCCCAUCACAAGUGGUAUUCUAACUUAUUUGAAGACCAUCUCAGAACCUGGUGGACCUGACAAAUGGAAUGAAGUAGUUAUAAAUGUCUUGAAAGAACUUCAGGUUUCCUGGCAAUCAAACAACACUGCUCAGCCCAUCAUAUCUAUGUUGCUAAACCUCAUGGAAUUUGUUGUGAGCUCAAAUGAAGGCAACUUGACAAAGGACUGGAUUAUUAACCAACAAUUAACAAUGGCACUUGCAGGAAUAUUCCAGGGGAAUGUCAGCACUGUAGAUCUUGUAACAACUGGGAAUGAUCUUAAUCAGCUUUUGGAAGCACUGGCCCCCUUGCUAUCUCCUGAGGACAGAGCCUUCCUCUCUGUCACUGAAAAAGUGUCUCAGACACUAACCUAUGCUCUACAGGUGGCCAGCACUGAUGGCGGUCUCCAAAGUGAAAACUUUACAGAAGCCAUCAUCAGUGCUGUCAGAGUGUUUCUGGAGAGUAUGUCUAAUGAGACAGGAGCUCUACCUCAGGAUGUGGUUGACAAUAUUCUCGGUGCAAUUCAUGGUUCACUUCAGCUGAUCCUGAACCCUAACAUGGACUACAGUAAAGCUAGCAACCUUACACAGGAGACUCUCCAGAUGGUAGAAGGAGUGAUUCAUGCCCUUUUUCCAGCAGAGGUGGCUGAGGUGUUGGUUCCUAUGAAAAACAGCAUUUUAACCUAUUUGCAGACCAGCUCUCAACCUUCUGGACCUGACAAAUGGAAUGAAGUCAUUGUAAAUGUGAUGAGAGAGCUUCAGAAUUCCCUCCCAUCUAACAGCACAGCUCAGCCCAUCAUAUCUGUGAUUCUUAAGGUCACAGAAUAUGUUCUAAACUCAAAUGCAGGAUAUACAAACAUGUGGGACAACUUAGGAAACUUCAGUCUUGGCAGCCUAAAUGAAAUAACGGAACAGCUUGCUGUCUUCCUUGGCUCUGUGUCACCGUUUGUGAAUGAGUCCGCCCAGACUUUUACAGAAUCUGUAGCCGUUCUGGUCCAGAUCCUCUCUGGGAGUGCUGACCAGAAGACCUUUGACAAGUUGGAGGAGAUGCUGUCUGCUCUGUUUUCAAACUUCAGAGAUACUCCUAUGUGGGAUUCAUUGCCGUCUAUUGUGUUCACAAUUCAAGAAGCCAUUGUCAACAGUACUCACAACAUGCAGGCACAAACAGAGCUCUUCUAUGCUCUCCAGCAGCCAUUGUCCAGCCUUUUGUCAGACAUUUUCCAUGUUAUGAACACCAGCAAUUUUACUGCUCAAUCUUUUGUUGGUGGAUUGCCGCAGGCCAUUGGGUUGACUGUAGAAGCUGCUCUACAGGCUGGUUUGGGGGGUCAGAGCCUGAACUGCAGCUACGUGCAGCAGAUAUGGCAGGAUGUCAAAGCUGUGACUGGAAUAAGUGAAGACCGUGUCACUUUGUGGUGUAACAUCAGCCUACUGCCAGUCAUAGCAUCCUUCAAUAAGCCAGGAGUUGCAACUCCAGCCUUCAACAUGACAGGAAUGGAGAUGAACCCUCUUUGGAUAAACGUCACUGCAGGAAUGAUGGCCGGAUCACUGGAGACCUUCUACGGGGUGAUCCUGAACAAUACCUUUGCUAGCAUUCACCUAACUGAAGUCCUGUUGUAUUACACAUCAAUGCUAUCCAACCUCUCAGUGUCAGAAUUAGCAAACCAGGCUGACUGGAAUGCCCAGCUCUUCCAGAUGCAGCUGCACCAAAGCCUCUCCACAGUACAAAUGGGUCUGGAGCAAAUUAAGACAGAAGCUCCCUGGAUGACGCCAUACAUCGAGGCAAUUGGAAAAACCAUUGAGGUCAUCCUACAGAAUGGCAAUCUCUUCCAGAACUCAACUGCAAGCCCUCUGAUCGUCAUGCAGGCUUUGGAGAUCACACUCACCGGAAUGAAUUUCACAGAGGAAAUCAUUAAUUAUAUUAUAAGUGGAGACAUAUUUAUGAACCCCAAUGGAAGCAUGGUUGACAAUAUAAUAAAAGAGGUGAUCCAGCAAAUCAUUGGAACGGGAUUGUUGGUAGAGUGGCCCACGCUUUAUGGAGUAAUGCAGCAGGUUCUGUAUUUGGAAGAUACAAGUAGCACCCUAUGGAAAUCUGUUGAGUUUUUCAACUGGCUGUACACUACUGAAGAUACUGGACUAAAUUUUGUCUUGGAGAUCCUGCGCAAGUUGUACGAGAUAAUAAGGGAUUCCCUAACCAACAUGCCAACUCCACUGUCGUUCUGGUCAGACACUUUUAUCGACCUUGCUGGGAAUGUUUUGUACCUGCUCAAGCAGAUCAGGCUAACCAGUGACCUCUUCGCCCCUGUGGAACAAUAUCUAAGUCCACUUAAAAUGCAAAUUACUCAUGGACAGAACCUACAAGGUCUUGUGUCCAACACAAGAAACACCAGAAAUGGUGCACGUGAAGUACAGAGGGAGCCGGUGGAUGACUUCCUUGACCUUCUUGACAUUAACUAUCAAGCCUUGCUUGAAGUUCUCUCCAUUCCACCAACCUCGACUGAAAUUUUCGAGACUAUCCAUGUUUUCUUUGCAAAUCCAGACUUGGGUGUCAUCCUGAAGGGUCUUUCGAAAGAAAUGGCUGGAAACACGAGUCAGGAGGAAACCAUUGACACAGCUCUGAACGUGCUAUCUUACUUGACUCUCCCUAGUAAUGGACAACAGUUCCUAGAGAUAUUCAUGGACAUCGCUAGUGAAGGAUGGAGUUUGCAGGACAUUGAUAAAGUGGAAAAGCUGGCACAAAGCCUAGGAAAAAUGAUUGAUGUGGCCAUGGUGCUAUCUGACCAGCCACCUCUGAACAUCGCACAAAGAAUCGAGCACAUGGCCCAACAACUUCAAGCUUCGGUGUCGAACAUCGUCUCACAGGAAGGAAAUGGCACUGACACUGCAAUCCAGUUCCUCACGACGCUCAACAGCAUCCUUAACGAGAACUUUGAGGAGAUCAAGGACAUCAGCCCUCAGGUUACUGGCAUUCUCCAAAACAUAAUUGGCUCAUUUUCCAGUCCAGGGUCGCAGAUGAGCAUAGCAUCCUAUUUUGCAGCCGUGGAUCAAACUGCUGAAGCCUUUGCUUCACUCCUCUCUGGAGAGGUAGCGGUGUAUUUCAACAUAUCUGGACAAAUGCUCCGAGCCUUUGCAUUGCUCGAGGCAUAUCCUGGAGACAUAGAAAAAGUCAUGAUGUCCACCAGCAUGAUUUCUAACUCCCUAAACCACGUCCUUGCCCUCUCAAAUAUCACAACUCUUCCAAAUGGACAAUCCAUUCAAGAGGUCACCCAUCCCCACAUUUUUAGCAGUGCCACGGCCACCCACAUCCUGUUCAACCUCUCCAUGUCAAACUACAGCCUGAACAGUGAUGCUGAGAGGGAAAUGCUUUUGAACCAGACGUUCAGUCAGAUGGUUGUCAUUCUCCCCAAGGAAACACACUCGUACCUCUUUGCUAUCAAAUCGGCUCUUUUCACUGCACUCUCAAAAGUAUCCAGCACUGCAGACAUCACAUCCCACUUCCCAGAAAUCUCUCAGUCAGUUACACAGUCUCUCCUUAACUCUCUAAACAUUACUUAUGAUUCAACAUCGACGCAUAUGACUCCAGAUGGCCUUAUUUACAUCUUGAUGACCGUGUCUAAUCAAGUGUCCAUGAGUCUCUACGAGGGCCUUAUGUUAUCCGGUUCCCCUAUCCAAAUCUUACAAGUUGUGAACUCUUUAAGUGAGGUUGCAUCUUCCAUAUACUCGAUAAUGCCUGUUGAGGGACAGCAGUACAUCAAUAUCACGCUCAAACUCAUGGAGACAAUGUAUUUUGUUCUUAAUGACACCAGUGCCUUUGGGGAUGUCAAUGAGGCUGUAUCUCAAGUUGUCAAUUCUGUCAACAACCUUCUGGCCAUGGUGCCCGACAUGAACACAGACUCUUUCAGCAGCAUUAUAGGUGACCUGGAGCACACCCUGAAGACAAUCUUAAUGAUCAUCCAAGCAGGCCAAAGCCCUCUCACCAAAACAGCUGAUAUUACCCAGCAGCUGCUGCAUACCAUCCAAAAUCUCAUCUCACUGGGCAAUAGUAGCAGUGUGGAGUCUGAACUCGCCAAAAUAGUGCUGGGGGCUUCUAGCAUGAAUAUUGGCCAUCUGCUGGGGAUGAAUGACACUAACUGGACCGACAAGCUGCCUGUGCUGCUGACAAACCUUGCUAAUAGCCUUCCAGAUGACCUGCAGUAUUCUUCUCUUAUUAAGUCCAUCAUGAGGAGUCUGGCCAACGAAUCCCAAGAAAAUCUGCAACUUCUACUGCAAGUGCUAAACACUGCCUUUGAAUUUGGCUCAGGAAACUGGACAAAUGAGAGUUCAGGCCUGAUACUGGACCACUUGUUAACUCAGGUGUGUGCUCUGGAAAACAUGACCUCUGUGCAGCUGAUCAGCCAGGUUCUGCCACUGGGCCCUAGACUGCUGUGUGACACCGUUGUUCCCACAAUCCAGGCCUUACAUGUGCUCUCAACCAGCCUGGUGAACCAAAGCAGCGACAUCUAUGAUCUGUUUUUCCAGACAUUUGUUGGAGACCCUAGCACUUACAACACUGAAGUGGACUGGACCUCAACUCUCUCUCAAAUUGUGGGCUUCAACAUCUCCACUCUGAAAACUCUUAAUAUCAGUACUACAUCUCCAGCUGAAGUGAAAGUUUCAGAGCUGCUUAAAAAUACAACUCAGUUUGUUCAGGAUGUCGAGCGGUAUACCAACUUUACCCCUGAUGUUCUUCAGGCUCUGCUAGAUUACCCUCUACCCAACAGCAACAUGCAGAUCUUGACAUGGUUGGCAAACCUACACCAGUGCUCAGACCCCUCGUCUUUGCAACUGGACCCUAUGGGCCAGGCGAUCUUCAGCGCCUUCUGUCAGCUGUCAGAUGAUUGGUACAGCAUCACGGUUCUCUUUCUUCGUCAUGUGGACACAAAGGCUGCUUUGUUCAGGCUGAUGUUGUCCAAAGAAAUUCAGGAUUUGGUGGCAAUCAUGCUAGAGAUGGUCAAGUUUUUGACGGACAUAAUGCAGAAACUGGUACCUGCCAUUAACAAACUGCAGGAAUACCUCACAAACAUAGGAGAACUAAACCUGGUGGCCAAUCAAGAGUUCCACAGUCUGGUGAGGGGAAAGCGGUCCACCAUGUCUAGCAAGGCCACCUUUAACACCAUCUCCCGUGCCUUGUGCAAAAACGGCAUUCUGACGCUUUUCGCCCUGACGAAUGUUCCUAUCGUAACGGAUACGGAUCCUUCUGUCCAGGUGGACCACAAGAGAGAAGAGCUCAUCGAGAAGUUCAAAAUCCCACACGAUGCUAGUCCCUUCUGUAUGAACCUCUAUUUGGAUAUGGUGAACACUACAGGCGGUGCGGUGGCCUGGGCCUUCCUCAAGCCCAUGCUGUUAGGCCAGGUCCUCUACUCACCAGACACACCGCUGACGAGAGAGAUCAUGACAAAGUCAAAUUCUUCACUGCACCAGUUUGGUGAUCUAAAGCUUUAUGCGUCUGAGUGGAUAGAGUCAUCGUCCUAUGUGAUGCAGUCUGCUAACAUUCUGACAAAAACCUUGCCAAUACUUCAGAAUUCUCUGCGCAAUCCCUUCGUCCAAAACUUCAUUCAGACUCAGACUGGUAUUGAUGUUGCACAAAUGAGCUCAACUCUCAACCAAUUCUCAAACAUGACAGUCCUUUUAGAGAAAAACAAGUUUAUCAUGCAGCAGAUCACCACCCUCUCUAUGCUGAUGAUGAACCUCUCCUCCUGUGUCAACUUCGACCGCUACCGAGCCUUCAACUCCACCGAUGAACUCGACAAACAGGCGGAGAAACUGGCUCAAAACCGUGAGCUCUAUGCCAGCAUCAUUUUCAAACUUCCCAAGGAGAACUCCAGCAGCCUGCCCCCGAACAUCGACUACACCAUCCGCAUGAACAUCGAGAAUGUCAUGCGCACCGACCGUUCGCGAAAUCCCUUCUGGGUGAAAGACGCCUUCAUGUCAGCAACAAAGACCCAGAGGUACAGCCGAGGCUUUGUGUUCCUGCAGGAGAGCAUCGAGAGAGCCAUCAUCGAAAUGCAGACGGGUAAAGCCAUGGAUGGGCCUGCGGUCCAGAUACAGGCGUUCCCUUAUCCCUGCUACUACAAGGAUGACUAUCUCAACAGCAUCGCUUUUGCCUUCCCAAUGGCACUCAUGAUUUCCUGGGUGCUGUUUGUCGCCAACUUUGUGAAGAAACUCGUCCACGAGAGAGAACUACGACUUCAUGAGUACAUGAAAAUGAUGGGGGUGAAUCCCAUCAGCCACUUCUUUGCCUGGUUAAUAGAGAGUGCUGCAUUCUUGCUUGUGACCGUCAUCAUCCUCACCAUCAUUUUGAAAGCUGGCGGCAUCCUUCCUCGCAGCGAUGGCUUUGUGCUCUUCCUCUACCUUUGUGACUACGGCUUCAGCGUCCUUGCAAUCAGCUUCCUGGUCAGCUCCUUUUUCGAUAAGACCAACAUCGCUGGGCUGAGCGGCAGCCUUAUCUAUGUCAUCUGCUUCUUCCCGUUCAUCGUGCUGAUCCACUUGGAGGACAAUCUUUCCUUCUCUGUGAAGAGCGCUCUGAGUCUCUUUUCUCCGACAUGCUUCAGUUAUGCCAGUCAGUAUAUCUCCCGCUAUGAAAAACAGGAGGAAGGCAUCCAGUGGAGCAACAUGUAUAUCUCUCCUCUGGCUGGUGACACUUCCUCCUUCGGUUGGCUCUGUUGGUUGCUGUUGAUUGACUCAGUAGUAUAUUUUAUCAUUGGGAUUUACAUCCGCAUGGUCUUCCCAGGAAAGUAUGGCAUUGGUGUUCCGUGGUACUUCCCUGUGACACGAUCCUUCUGGGCAGACAUGUUCAGCUGCUGUAGCAGAGCGCCAAAGAAAAUAGGCAGAGGGCUGCUGUUUACCAACAUGAUGCAGGAACAAAAGAGCACUGACAAGGGCAAAGGUAAAAGUAGCUUGGCGAGUAACGGAGAAGAAGACUUCUCAGGAUUGACUGUUGGAGUGUCACUGUAUGGCCUGACAAAGACCUACGGAGACCGGCAUGCUGUAGACAACCUGAACCUUUCUUUCUAUGAGGGGCAUGUCACCUCUCUGCUGGGUCACAAUGGAGCUGGAAAAACCACUACUAUGUCACUUCUGACGGGGUUGUUUUCACCUACCAGCGGCACUAUUGAGGUUUAUGGGAUGGAUAUGCAGACGUCCAUAGAUGAUGUGCGUAAGGAGAUGGGCGUGUGCAUGCAGUAUGAUGUCCUGUUCGACCAUCUUACCACUAAGGAACACCUGCUGCUAUACGCUCAGAUCAAAGCUCCCCACUUGACCAAACAGGAAGUGAACGAAGAAGUACACAAAAUCCUAAUGGAAACAGACAUGCACUCCCACCGUCACAAGCGUGUCGGCACCCUGUCAGGAGGUAUGAAGAGGAAGUUAUCCAUCUCCAUUGCCUUCAUUGGAGGCUCGCGGCUGGUGGUGCUAGAUGAGCCGACCACCGGGGUGGAUCCCUGUUCCCGACGCAGCAUCUGGGACAUUGUCCUUCAAUACAAGCAAGAACACACCAUCAUUCUUUCCACCCAUCACCUGGAUGAGGCUGAAGUUCUCAGUGACCGCAUCGCCUUCCUUGAGCGCGGAGGCCUCAAAUGCUGUGGUUCGCCCUUCUACCUUAAAGACAAGUUGGCUAAAGGCUACAACCUCACCCUCACAAAGAAGGUUCAGACUCCUGAUUCAAAUGAAAAGUUUGACAUUGAAAAAAUCAGGGAUUUCAUUCAGUCCUACCUGCCUGACGCUCGACGGAAGGAGGGAGAGGUGGGCGAUUUGGUCUAUGCCCUCCCACCAUACAACGCCCAGGACGCAGCUGCGUACCAGUCUCUUCUCACCGAUCUGGAUCAAAACCUGGACAAGCUUCAGCUGGGCUGCUAUGGCAUUUCCGACACCACCUUGGAAGAGGUGUUCCUGCAGUUGACUCGAGACGACAUGGAUCCUACAGAAGGUGAAACCUUGUCUGUAUCAGAGUCUGUAAUAAUGAAUGACAUGUGUGCUUCAAGAGACAGCAUUCCUGACGACAUCAACAGCAUGUACCUCGGAGAGAAAGCCAGUCUCACUGGGACCUCAACCGUGAGUGGGCUUGCUUUGACUGCACAACGGGUGAUGGCCAUGUUGCUGAAACGUGUGCAUCACUCCAGGAGGGACUGGAAGGGACUGUUCUCCCAGGUUUUGUUGCCCGUACUCUUUGUAAUUGCUGCCAUGGGCCUGGCCUCCAUCAAGAGUGAUCUUCAGCACUUUCCUAAGAUUGUGCUCUCUCCUGCUCUGUACCACGUUGAUGAACAGUAUGCCUUCUUCAGUAAUCAGAAUCCCACCACCAGCAGUCUUGUAGAUACCAUGAUGUCCUAUCCAGGCAUUGACCACGUCUGCAUGAGAGACCCCACAGAUUCGGUUUGCAAAGAGAGACCUCCUACAGGACCUCAGACAUGGAUCUCCAGAGGCAACAGCUCUGCUACAUUUACCACCUGCAAGUGUAGCAACCAAGUGCAGUCGUGUCCUGCACCAGGUUAUGAACCACCUCACACAAGAAAUCCAUCAUCCCAGAUUGUCUACAACCUGACGGGCAUCAACAUAGAGAGCUACCUGCUGGCCACUGCGAAUGACUUCAUCAGAAACAGAUAUGGAGGCUGGGACUUUGGAAAGCCUCUUCCCAUUGAUCUUAAGCUGGACAUGUUAGAUGUGCCAGAAAACAGAACCCUUAGUAAGGUUUGGUAUAAUCCAGAAGGUCACCACACCAUGCCUGCCUACCUCAACAGCCUUAACAACUUCAUCCUGAGAUCCAGUCUGCCACCUGAGAAACGACAACAAUAUACUAUCUCCAUAUCCAGCCACCCUUACCCUGGCCAAGUGCAAGAAGAGGAUGUCAUGGUGGGCGGUUUGGUCAGCAUCCUGGUUGCGCUUUGUGUCCUCACUGGCUACUCCAUCAUGACUGCCAGCUUUGUCAUCUAUGAGGUUCAGGAACAUCACACGGGCUCCAAGAGACUCCAACAGAUCUCUGGCAUCAGCGAACCUUUUUACUGGAUCAUCAACUUCUUCUAUGAUAUGGCUCUUUACAUGGUUCCCGUGGUCCUCUCAGUGGUGAUGAUAGCAGCGUUCCAGCUCCCAGCCUUCAUGGAGAGGCAGAACCUUGGCGCGGUCACGCUUCUGCUGGUGCUAUUUGGCUUCUCCACCUUCCCUUGGAUGUACCUUAUGUCUGCGAUAUUCAAGGAUACAGAGAUGGCAUUCAUUGGUUAUGUUUGCAUCAAUCUCUUCAUCAGUAUCAACACCAUCAUCUCCACAUCCAUUAUCUACUUCCUGGGUCAGCUUAACCAGAAUGACCAGAGCAUCCAGGAUGUGUACCGUACAAUGAGCAACAUAUUCCUAGUCUUCCCUCAGUUCAGCUUUGGCAAUGGGUUGAUGGAGUUGACAAGGGUUGACAUGCAGGUGCAAAUCUUGAGCGCUUUCGGGGUGGACGCCUACAAGAACCCCUUCAGCAUGGAUGUUCUGGGAUGGAUGUACAUCUCCAUGUUCCUGCAGGGUUUCAUCUGCUUCACGCUCCGCCUGCUACUUAACAAGACACUCCUUCGCAAAGUCAGACAUUUAUUCUGCUGGAAGAGGAACAUUAUUCAGAGCUAUAGCCCCAAUGAAGAUGAAGAUGUGGUGGCUGAACGCUUGCGUGUGGACCGUGGGGAUGCGAGUGUAGAUAUUCUGCAGGUUAAUCAGCUGACUAAGGUGUACCAGAACCUGAGCAAGAGGGUACAGGCGGUGAAGAGUCUGUCUGUUGGCAUCCCAGCUGGCGAGUGCUUUGGAUUGCUGGGAGUCAAUGGUGCAGGGAAGACCACUACCUUCAAGAUGCUGACAGGAGACAUUAGCCCUACCGAUGGCUCAGCUAAGAUCCGUGACAUUGACGGGAGGAUGGUUGACAUCAUAGACUGCAGGAGAGAGGGCAUAAACAUUGGUUACUGCCCCCAGGUGGACGCACUGGAUGACCUCCUGACUGGAGAAGAACAUCUCUAUUUUUACUCCCGCAUCAGGGGCAUCUCCAAGAGGGAGACUGACCAGGUUGUGAACUAUCUGUUGAAAAAGUUGGAGCUGAAUUACCACAGACACAACACAAGCGAGAACUACAGUUGUGGAACACGCCGGAAGCUAUCUACAGCCUUGGCCCUGAUUGGAAACCCACAGAUCCUUCUCCUGGAUGAACCCAGCUCUGGAAUGGACCCACGUUCCAAACGACACCUUUGGAAGAUCAUCUCUGAGCAAGUGAUGGGCAAAUGUGCUGUGGUUCUGACAUCACACAGUAUGGAGGAGUGCGAGGCCCUUUGCACCCGUCUGGCUAUAAUGGUAAAAGGACAGUUCAGAUGUCUCGGCUCCCUACAGCACAUCAAGAACAGGUUUGGCAAAGGAUUCACGGUGAGGAUGUACUUAGCUGGAGCCUCCUACGACGUAGAUAUGAUCAGUAACUUUAUGCAGCAGAAUUUCCCCAGCACAAGCCUGAAGGAUCAUCACUCGAAUAUGGUGGAGUACCACGUUCCUGUUGCUCCUGGUGGUGUGGCUUCAAUCUUUGGCCUGUUAGAGUCCAACAAGGCUGUACUGCAAAUCAAACACUUUUCAGUCAGCCAGACCACUCUGGAUGAGGUUUUCAUUAACUUUGCCAUGGGGAAAACGGACACAGAUGCACCAGAAGCCACUGAAGGAUCUGACAUUGACAGUCUAGACUCAUACAAUACGUUGGACUGAUGAAAUACUUGCACAUUAUGACAUUCAAUGAACCUCAAAAAAGAAAUUAAUUUAAUACAUAUGAAAUCUUUUAUAGACUUUAUCAUAUUUUGGUGUUGUGAUUUUUGAAUAAAGGCAAAACAAUCUGUAUUGUAUUGAAUAAUAAGUCGCCAAAUAACUUAUAGAUAAUUAUUGAAGAUUAGUAUGAAGAAUUAUGUGUAUUCACCUUCCUUCUGCUCUUCCAAAUAUGGGUUCAAAUAUGGAUUGACAUUAAAGGACCUUUUUAUGGAUUUUUUUUUGUUAUUUGUAUCACCUCAAAGUUAAAUAUGCAGAAAGUCUACAUUAGUUUACAUAGUUUGAUGCAAAUUGAUUAGUCUUUCAUUUGCCCUCAAACAAAUUUACUGUACCUUAUCAAAGGAAAUGAGUAAUUUAUUUACUAAGUUUAUUGAAAUUUUACUAGCUCUACCAGAUAUAUAUUAUAUAUAUUUUAAUCAAAACAAGUAAUUUACAUGAACAACCAACAAUGUGUUACUCAAUACAGAAUUAAAUAUGUAUGCAGAGGGAAGAGUCCAUCCUGUUAAACUGCUGGCUGCAUCGAUGCAGCUCUUGUCUAGGGUUGAUAUAAAUCACAAAGACCUUUUUGGCUCCCAGAUAUAAAUGAUUCUUCAAUGUCUGCACAUCUUCACUCUCAUUAAUAUUUUCUCUGAAGGCACAUCUCUUGUGCAAGAAUGUACUGAAUAUUUCAUCGGCCCUUUCCUCUGUCUGCUUCAAGGCACAGUUCCUCUUUUAAAAAUGUACCAAGCUUAUUUUUACAUUAAAGCUAUUUUUCACAUGCA